CUUCAACCAUUUUCUGUUAUCUUAAUUCAUAUUGUGUUCUCCUCUCUUCCCUGUUGCCUCCAAUUCUCAUCAUCAUCAUCAUCAACUCCAUUCUGAUUCAGCGUUAGAAAUCGGAAUGGAAUUCUUCCAAAAGGCCAAAGUGGUGCGCCUGAGAAGCCACCAUGACAAAUACAUGUUGGCUGAUGAUGAUCGUGAAACCGUGUACCAGGACCGGAACGGUUGCUACGGCAACGCAAAGUGGACGGUGGAGAUCGUAGAAAAUUCGAAUUGGAUAAGGUUGAAGAGCUGUUAUGGGAAAUACUUAACAGCCUCCAACAUGCCAUUUUUGUUGCGUGGCACGGGGAAGAAAGUGUUGCAGUCUCUUCCCAAAAGGCUAGAUUCCUCCGUGGAAUGGGAGCCUUUGAGAGAAGGUGUUCAGGUGAGGCUAAGAACGCGUUACGGCCAAUAUUUGCGUGGCAAUGGAGGGCUUCCGCCGUGGAGGAACACCAUUACACAUGAUGUUCCACACCGGACAGCGACCGCGAAUUGGGUUUUGUGGGAUGUGGACAUUGUUGAGCUAAGACCACAAGCCCAAGUUCCGAAGCCCAGGCCUAGGCCUACGCCGAUUACACCACCACACCGUUCUCUCAAUCCAACUCCAACAGAGCUUUCUCCUUCUCCUUCACCUUCUCCAUCAUCCCAUUCAGAUUAUGAAUAUGGUCAACUUGUUAGGAUUGAUCUCAGGUCGCCUAGAACACCCGAGGUGGAAGAAUCAGAUCAUGAGUGCCGGUCACCCAUGAAAGAAGGGAGGAUUAUAUUUUAUGAUGUGGGUAAUGAAAAUGGUGAGGUUGAUGAUGCUAAAAAAGGGGCGUUUUUUACAUUUAAAGGAAGUUGUGUGAAUGAGUUGAAAGAUAAGUUGAAGGAGGAAAUAGGACAGGAUGAUAUUCUUGUGUGUUGCCGCAACCCAUUGACGGCGAAACUUUAUCCCCUGCGGUUACAAUUACCUCCUAACAAUAUUGACAUGCAUGUUGUUGUGGUUCCUUCCUCAUUCAAAGCUAAAUGAAGCCCUGGGAGAUCAUAGUUCUCUGUUAGCAAUUGAUAAUGUGUCAACUUAAUGCACAUUUGCUAAACUAAAACUACAAGGUGGAAGCGAGGCAACUUACAAGAGAUUCAAAAGAGGAGGCAACUAGUGUCACUAAAAGGGAACAAAUUUUUUCAAGUGCUACAAAAGUUGUUGUUGGACUUUAUUUGAAAUGUAAUGUAAAUUGAUGAAUUCCUCGUAUGUAUAAUUCGUUUUUUUUGAAAUGCUCUUAUGUAUAAUUCUUAACUAGGAAUUUCUGUUGUUAUUGAAACUUGAAAGAACUAACUAUUGACAUAACCGGUAUGAAGUGACAAUUUUUCUAGAGACU